AUGGAUUUAGAUCAAGUUAAGAAGAAAAGAGGUGCAAAGAAAAGGCGACCUACCAAGGAAGAAAGUAGUCCGCUAGCUGAAAAUGAAGGCGGUUCUGAAAACCUACGGCAAAAGACUAGAGCGAGAUUUGCCCAACUACUUGAAUCAUCCAAAAACACAUCUGAUAACCAACUUAAUGAAAGCCUUAGUAAGAAAAGGCGAUCGCCUCGCGGAGCAUCUACACUGUCCAACGAAGACGAUGAUGAUCGGUUGCAGCCCCACGUGAAAAUCCCUACUAAGGAUAAAUCUCUAAAUAAAAAUAAAAAGAAGUCCAAAUCAACUAGGAAAGCAAGAGAUAAUGACAAGGAAUAUGAAAAUGACGAGAACACUCCAGAGAAAGUUAAUUACGCAGAUAAUGAAGGUUACAUCCACGACGAUAACAAUGUAUCACAGUCUAUUCCGGAAGGGAAACGUACUAAGAAAAAAGCUAAAUUUAAACUUAGCAACAAUGAAAAUCCAGACGCAGAUUACAUCGACACCCCUAAAAAGCCAGACGAUCAAGGGAAAGCUAAGACUGCAAAAUCCAAGAGUAAGAAAGAUAAAAGAAAAAAAGCAAAAGAAGAUCCCGAAGCGAAAGAUAAAAAAAGAAAAAAAGAUAAAUCCUUAAGGAUUCCUGUGGAAGAGCCGAUCCUGACUAUUGCUGUACAUAAAGCGGAUCAGUUAGAACUUGAUGUACAUGUUAAGCACCCAUUAGUGAGAAUACAUCUUGUAGAUAUUUCAAAUGGACAAUACGUUAAGAAGUCAAAUAGAGAUAAGUCUGUUGUUUCUUAUUAUGAAAAUGAAAAUGAUGCUGUCGAUUAUAUCUUACCAGUGAUGACACAGCCAUACGACUACAAAAAGCACCGAUCCUUUACACCUCAUUGGGAAGAAUUGAUCCUGUAUAAUGAAGCAUUUUCUUGCUUCGUUAAGCAAGAUCAAUCACAAACUAUAGUAUUUUUUGAGAUUCUAGAUUUUCUAGGUAUGAAUAUUACUAACACCGCCGCUGCGGCUAAUCAAAACGGAGGUUGGCACAAAAUUGCGUGGGCAUUCCUAAAGUUAGUAGGAGGGAAUGGAGAAUUUAAUACUGACAAAAGAGUCCGUUUACAAUUAUAUCGUUGUCCUAGGACUGCUAUUCAUCGAAAAAAUGAUUCUGCAGAGAUUUAUAAAUGGUGGAAAGACUGUCCAAGAGUGAAAUACCCAUCCACACUUUACGUAACUGUUAAAAGUACUAAGCCUCCUCAGAAUGUCGAUCCUUCAAUGCGAUCAAUGUUCCCUGUACAAAAAGAAGAAAGUAAGAUUACUUAUGAUGAAUUAUCAAAUACUAUUAUUGAUGAAAAGAGACUAAAAGACUUGAAAGCAGAAGAAGAAUCGAAAAUUCAAUGGAGUAAAUUACCAAGCCAGGACUGUCGUAUACCUAAUAAAUUACUGCAUAACUUCUCCACCGGUAUGAGAGGGUGCCUCGUUGUAAAAUUUUCUCAUAACGGAAGAAAAAUAGCGGCAGGAUGUGUAGACAAGCAAAGUUAUCCGAUUCUUGUGUAUGAUCUUAAAACUGGUAAAUGCUGUAACACCUUUACCGGUCAUUUUAGCAUCAUUUACGAUGUAUCAUGGUCUGCUGAUGACGAAGAAAUUCUAACAGCAUCGUCAGAUGGAACGGCUAGAGUCUGGAAUUUUAACGAAAGUGGCGGUGCAUCUAAGAUUUUACCACACCCAACUUUUAUUUACACAGCUAAGUAUCACCCAGUAACCUCUACCUUGUUACUAGCGGAAUUACCUGGUCAUAGCGGAUAUAUUAAUACCAUUGCUUUCAGCAAAGACGGUGAUAGAAUGUUUAGUGGCGAUAGCGUUGGUGGCUUACUCGCUUGGAGAACUGAACUUAAUAUUAAAGAAACUCCUGUAAAGAUAGCCGAUAUAGAAAAGUUCUCAAUGCUGGAAAACUUAAGCGAUAGCCUAAUGAGUACUGCCAGCAUCAAUCACAUUGAGUUACAUCCUAACGGUCGACAAUUGGUAGUUUUAUGCAAAGAUAGUGCAAUACGCGUUGUAGACUUAAGAAUGGGUUCUGUUAUACAAACAUUUACCGGAUUAACUUGCUUUAAAGAUCGUAUCCGUUGCACCGUUACACCUUGUGGUACAUAUAUCAUAUCAGGAUCUGAAGAUUGUAAUGCCUACGCCUGGAAUAUUACCUCUGGCAAAAGUGCCGGAGACUUCUCUUCAUUACAAUAUCGUUUUCCAGUUAUUGAUGUUGACUUUCACCCCUAUGAUAAUAUCGUAGUCUUCUGUGCUUUUGGAGAUCACCAACCUAUCUUGAUUUAUUCUUAUGAUGCAAUACUAAAAGAUGUUAAAACGGACAGCAUCCUUAAAAAUACACAGACCAUGGAUAAUAAAGCACAAGAUAGCACCGAGUUAUCACGAUCUGUCUCUCUCACUGCGACAACCGACAUCAAGGCACUAAAGCAGUCAAUGUUCGAUGUAGCCAUGUCGAAAUUAAGUCUAGAAAAAGCAAAAGAAAAAUUUCAAGACCCGGUGAAAGUCAUUGAACCAGUAUUAGAUAGAACGGCAGGAGUGUCUCCUUUUCCUAGUAAAAGUAGUAUUAAUGAAACUUGGGGCGAUUCAACAUUUGAUAAAACGUACUUUCCUCCUUCGGGAAACGAAUACAGUAAUCAGACUGCUCAGCACUUGCAUCCAAGUGAAAUGAAUUUCGGUGGUCAGAUGCAACCCCAAUUAUCAAGAUUGGGAAGUAUCGUUGAGGGAUACGAUGCUAUUGAUCGAUUAAGGCAAAGGACAUCAUCUGCUAUGAGUAAUGAACUACCAGAUUUUAAAAAUAUUCGACGGGGAUCUUCCGUCUUAGAAGGAAGCAUAAUAGCUGGAUUAUCGUCAUUUAAUGCCGGAACAGGAACACGUCGUCCGUCUCUUAUUGGAGGAUAUGGUGGUUAUUUGGAUCGUCAGUUCUCGGUUCAUCCCGACGGAAACCAACCUCUAUUAUUUGGGCCAUCAUCUUCACAUAGCGGAACAGUAGCUACCGCUUUAUAUGAUUAUGAAGCAAGUCGUUCUGAUGAAUUAAGCGUACGGCAAGGUGAUCAAAUAGCGGUCUUAUACGUGGAAAACCAAUGGUUGAUGGGAAUGCUACCUAGCGGCCAGCAGGGUUACGUCCCUAUCAACUACUUGGCAACUGAUAGAGAUAUAUUAAAAAAUUCCUCAAAUGCAGACAUUUCCGAAAUGGGUGCAAGCGCAUCAACUCAAAACCAGGCCAUUAACAGUAAUACGGAACAUCUUUCAGCUGUUAUUAGUAAAACUGGAGAACUAAAAAUUGUUUCUGGACCGGAAGAUUCGGAUAUAGAAAGAAAAAGGAAUCAAAGGCGGAAAGUUGAUAACUCAGAGAAAGGCACCCGUAGGAAAGGAAGCAAAAGCCGUAAAAAUCUACAGCAAACUCAUUGA